AUGCUGUUUACUCCUCUCCUCGCACUUGCCACCUAUGCCGCCGCCGCUCCAGCCGGUACUAGCUCCAGCCUGUCUGUCGCUCCCACAUCUACAUCCACACCUGCGAGCGCCACUGCUGCCACAGGCACCUCUGCAGCAGCAGUGCCCUCGCCGACAGUUCCAUAUGCAUCGGACGACCCAAACUACUCGUACCUUGACCGCUACCAGAGCGGCACACCUGAGCCGAUCAUAGGUGCAGCCGGAGCGGACAUCCUUGGACCGCAGAACAUACCGCUGGAGAGGGAGAGUCCGGACUUCAUGGCGCCUCCUACGACCGAUAGCGGCUCUGUGGAAAACGUGAAGUGGCCGAUGGCGAUAUCGCACAACCGAGUGCAAGACGGAGGAUGGGCUCGUCAGCAGAACGAGCACGACAUGCCGCUUGCGACUGCGAUGGCAGGGGUGGAUAUGAGACUGAAGGCUGGGGCGAUUCGUGAGAUGCACUGGCAUGUUACUGCAGAGUGGGGAUAUGUCAUGGCUGGUAGCUGCAGGGUCAACGUCGUCAAUCAGCUCGGUCGCAACUAUCUUGCCGAUGUGUAUCCCGGUGACCUGUGGUACUUCCCAGAAGGCAUCCCGCACUCCAUCCAAGGACUCAACGACACUGCCGACGGAUGCGAGUUCAUGCUUGUCCUGGAUAGUGGGACUUUCAGCGAGGACUCUACGUUCUUGCUGACUGACUGGAUGGCACACGUGCCGAAGGAGGUGUUGGCGAAGAACUUCCGAGUCAACGCGUCUGCGUUCGACCACAUUCCUGGCGAGCAGCUGUGGAUCUUCCCGUCGGCUGUGCCGACCGAGAGCGUGGCAGAGGCGAACCCUGUGAGUCCGCAAGGAGAGGCGCUACUACCAUACACUUUUGCUGCGAGCAAGGCACCGGCUACGAACGUGACCGGGGGGUCUGUGAAGGUGGUGGACUCGCGGACGUUCAACGUGUCGAAGACGAUCGCGGUGGCAGAGGUGACUGUGGUGCCUGGAGGUAUCCGUGAGCUGCAUUGGCAUCCUACUCAACCUGAGUGGACGUUCUAUCUAGAGGGAACUGCACGUGUGACUGUGUUCGCAUCUUCAGGCAACGCUCGCACCUUCGACUACCAGGCUGGUGACAUCGGAUACGUACCACCGACGUUCGGUCACUACGUCGAGAACACUGGCAACACGACGAUGAAGUACCUUGAGAUCUUCAAGACUGACAUAUACGAAGACAUCAGUCUGAACCAGUGGCUCGCUCUCACGCCGCCUGAGAUGGUCAAGGCACACCUGCAACUGGAUGACGAGACGAUCUCGCAGCUGCAGAAAGUGAAGCCGAUUGUCGUGGGACCUGGAGAGUGGGCUGGCAAAGACUGCCGCAUUGUGCGGUGGCACAGGUCUUUAUGCUUGGAUGCCCGUGGGGCCGCGACCAUUGAGUCGCGAGCUGAUGUUCCUGCUGGAGCCAUUACUAUUGGUUCUGGUGGGAAGUAUUCGACUAUUUCUGCAGCAUUAAAGGACACUAGCAGUAAUAUAUAUUAUAUCUACUCCGGAACUUACAAGGAGCAAGUUUACAUAAAUAGAGCCAACGUCAAGAUCUACGGUCAGACCGCUAGUAAACUCAAUUACAAUUCUAAUACUGUGACGAUUACCAACAGCCUUUCGGCGGCUGCAGCAGGAAGCAACGAUUUGAGUGGUACUGUGAGGGUUGCCGCUGCCGGUGUUAGUCUGUACAAUCUCAAUAUCGCAAACACCUAUGGAAAAGGCGCACAGGCAAUUGCAUUGAGUGUCCAGGCCGGAACAUUUGGAGCUUAUGCUUGCAAGCUUACCGGAUAUCAAGACACUCUUUUGGCAAACAAGGGUACCCAAUUUUACGGAAGGAGCUAUAUAAAUGGCGCUACCGACUUUAUCUUUGGGACAGAGGCCUCUAUCUGGAUCACCAAGUCGACUAUUGAAACCGUUGCGUCUGGAUACAUCACCGCGUCUGGACGUAAUUCUGGCGACGCAAAUUACUAUGUAAUUGAUAAUUCGACGAUCAAGGGCACCGGAUCUUGCUACCUUGGCCGACCGUGGCGCGAGUAUGCGCGUGUUAUCUUCCAAAACUCAAAUAUUGGUAGUAAUAUUGUUGCUGCGGGGUGGAAGAACUGGAAUGAUAAUACUCCAAACACCGCCCAUGUUUAUUACGGAGAAUACAACAACUCGGGGGCUGGAGCGUGGAACUCCAAGCGCGUAUCAUUUGCAACCAAGAUGACUUCGCCGAUUGCAAUUUCAACCGUGCUUGGCUCCACGAGCUGGGUUGAUUCAGCUUACCUGUAA